UUCAGUGACGUACCGGGCACCGGUCAGUGAAGUGCAAAACCCAAACAAUAUACCAAUGCAGUCUUGCUGACAUCCGAAAGAGAUCACUGAAUUCGUCAAUACAUGAACCCGGAGAGGUUAUAUAUUCUUUUCUGUCCACGGAGGUUAAUUUUCUCUAAAUUUGAAAAGUCACUUCCGUGGUGCCUGUGGUCAUCUAACGUUUUCUGUCACACGGUUCACGAGGAUGAUUUACAACUCCACGAGCAAAGAGGACCCUCCAUUAACCAGGUAACAAAAAGACCCAAAAAAGAAAGACCCCCAUGUCCAUCAGUCCUUGACCACUUUGAUAAGCAGUACAGUCAGGAACUUGGCAACCUAUGGACCUCUGCAAGAGCAGUCCUCCUGGACCCUCCCUCUUGGCAGUAUGGAGUCAUGCUCAACCGCUUCAGUGCUGUGACAGACAUCACACAGAUUCUCCAAUCACAGGGCUUUUCUUCAUUGCUGCCACAAAGAGAUGUCUCCAAGUUGCCUCCUAAUGCCCCCUCAGCAUCAUCAAACUCUAAAUACAAAACAGGGAUUAACUCUCUGCUACUGCCCCACGUCAGGUCCAGGUGCCCUCCUGAUGACGCCACCUGUGAGACAAUCAGCCAGGACCUUCAGUCUGAGCCCCUACUUAAUUUGCCCCUCCCAUCAUUACAGUGCUAUAUCCAUCCAUAUGCACUGCAGUUUCCCUCGCAGGCUCACAGGCCUGGCCAGCUGAAGCAGUAUUACCUGUUGAAUGCAGCCUCACUGCUCCCAGUGCUGGCACUACAAGUCAGUGAUAGGGAGAAGGUCUUGGAUCUUUGCUCUGCUCCUGGGGGUAAAGCUAUUGCCAUGAUGCAGUGUGCCAAUCCAGCCCUCCUUUGCUGUAAUGAACCAGACCCUCACAGAAGAGACUGGCUUAGCAGAACCCUGGAGUCUUUCCUGCCUCACUCACUAAGCACCAGAGUGGUUGUGACUGCAAAGGACGGACGCUCUUUUGGGGAACAUGAAGCAGGAACAUAUGACAAGGUCUUAGUCGAUGCCCCUUGCUCUAAUGACAGGAGCUGGUUGUAUUCAAGCAGCAGCCAGCAGGGGGAACAAAGAAUAAAGGAAAGAUCCAGGCUGCCUGUGCUUCAAGCUCAGCUGCUUAAGUCUGCAUUGUCAGCUGUGCGUCCAGGAGGCGUUGUGGUUUAUUCAACCUGCACACUGUCCAGAUCUGAGAACUACGCUGUGGUUGAGACAGUGUUGAAUGAUUGUCCUGAGGCUGAACCUGAAAACCUUUGGGAAGAGAUUGCCAUUCCUUUAUCAAAAUACUUUACAUUUAGCCCUGCUUCCCCUGAUCAUGGACAGACACUUUGCAAAACCUCCCUGCAGCUCCAGAACAGUACUGUGUCCUCUUAUCAACACAGGCUUGGCAUUUUAGCGGUGCCUCAGCCUGGCAAGACCUGGGGACCCAUGUUUUUGUCUCGGAUUAGAAGGAAAAAAUAGUGUGUAUCCUCCUGUGCUGAGAAGAUAUGUGGGUACAAAUGGAUAUAAACAUAGACAUUUUUGUUUGUACUGCUGUUGUUACCUCCGGGUCCACCUCGUGGGACUGGCUUACAACUCACUCACACAAACAGAAGCGGUGUAGACUCUAUACAGUGCCAGCUUGAGACACUUAAAGAGGGGGAAAGUAACAGCAGCAGUACUUCAGACAGGCUGAUAAAAUGUCAUUGUUUCCAUGUAGGCAAAGAUGCUCAGCUGUGUCAGUACUUGGCCAUCUGCAGGACAAUAAGUAAUGCAGCUGUAGUUAAAAGUUUGUAGCUCUUCUUUAUAUGUGUGCCUCAUGAAAGUUCUGCAUAUAAAGAUAUAAUAUGCUGUAUUUUUUAUCACUAAAAUAAUAAUAGAUUUAAAAACAUCCCAACUCAACAUGUUACUGCCCAGUUUCUUCAUAAAAAACAGACUGGCAUCAGACUCCUUCUGGGUUUGUUGUUCUUGGCUCUGUGUUCACACAGAUGGGACAAGAGUACAAGUGCCAAGCGGAGUUCCCAAACCAAGACUUUACUUGACCUAAAAUAUUUGAUAUGAAAUAAAAAGUAAAUUAACUUUGAACUGCACAUUUGUGUGGAUGUCAGUCUUGCAAAUGCUUGCAACCAUGCCAGUUUUUGCCUGAUUCCUCCCUGGAGAGAUAUCAGAUGGUUCUAAAGAUUAUCUUGACAUAUUUUCCUGUGGUGUGUUUACAGUGAUCUUUCCCUCCCUGAUCUGCUUGCAAGACAGAGCCACUCUGACUUCAGAUUGCAAACAAACAUGUUUGAUAUCUACAAUCAGAAAUCCUAUUGUGCGGGUGGAAUACCAAGGACAACCGAGCAGGCAUUUGCAGGAAUUUUUGACAUAUCAGAACAAUAGCCAGUCAGGAAGCAAGCUGACCAAAGGACAAAACGCAACAAGCACAGCCAUCGCAAAGGUGGUAAAUGUGAAAUAUAAAAUCAGAUGGAAGUCAGAAACGUGGGACCAACUUGUUGAUCUUUGACAGCAUGAGUUUGACCCCUGUAAAACGUACCACAAUCAAACUGACGGGAGGGUGUUGGGGCAAAAUUUCUGCUGUAAUGGAUUUAUUAGAUAGCAAACAGCUAGCUGCAUUCGGCUCGUUUACUCUGAAGUCAUGUUUGGCUGUGUGAGAUUUGGAGUUUUGAGAGUGGAGACUCUGGUUGUUGAGGAACAGAAUCUGUAAGUGUGUGGCAGGACUGCUCACAGUCAGCUAGGCACCUGAAAAAAAAAACAGAAUGGGUAAUCACCAGUUAUGAUUUAUUAAUGAGGUAAUUCAUUUGUGUUGAAUCUGUAGCAUUAGUGUUAGCAUGUGUCCCAUCUAACAGUUACCUCAUUUUGGAGCUAAAAAGUGUAUAAAGCUAUUGUUGGGUUUAGAUGUUGAAAUUACUAUUAUUUGCCCAUUUUUGCCACUGUAAACCAAUUUUUGCAAGCAUCAACCCAUUUUGGCCACUUCAAACUCAUUUUUGCUACUUUUUAACCUCUUUCCACUACUAUUUCUGUCUUUCCUAGUUUCAACCCCCAUUUAUCCAGUUUGGCCACUUUUCACAAACUUUUGCCUCUUUUGACUCAUAUUUGCCACUUUUUAAACCCCUUUUCACCGCUUUUCUGUCACUUUUAUCUCAUUUUUACUGCUAUGUCCUUUGUUUUUACAAGUUUCAACCCACAUUUACACAAUUUUGCCACUUUUCACUUAUCUUGCCUGUUUUAACCCAUUUUGCCUAUUUUAAAAGCAAUUUUCAUUACUUUUUCUGCCCAUCUUUGCUACUUUUACCCAUUUUUGUGCAUUUUUGCCACUUUAAAACAUAUUUCAUAUCAUAUCAUGCCACUCCCCAUCAUUUUUUGCAUGUAAAAAUUGUUUUCUUCUUUCUGUUUGUGCACAUAAUGGCUUGGCUUUGAAGUCUGACAUGACCAUCCUUAUCAUUUAGUUCAGUGUGCCCAUCCUGAUUGCUAACAUUACCAAAAAAGGUCAUUCUGUUUGAAGAAAAGGGGUUUACAUUACAUUACAUAAAAAAGCCUCCAUUGUAUUACAGUUAAAUGAACGCAUUUUUGUUGCUUUCAUAAGAAUUGUUUUCAUUUAGGCAAAAAAUGGUUAUCACAGCUGAACGUAACACUGGACCAUGAUUUUGCAGAUCUCCAUGGGCUCCCGAUUUGGCUUGGCCCCCUCCCCUUUAUCCCACUUCAUGGGCCGUCUUGGUGCCUGGUGGUUUUGGUCAUCUCAAUGUACACUACAUAGUACAGGAGGUUAAGGUUAAGGUUAAAUUGGUCAUGAUAUGUUGCCAUAUGUGAGGUCUGUCACAUCUCUCAAACUUGUAGAAAUCUUUCAGUGUGUGCAAGGCUUAAGAACACAGGAAGAGGGACAGUGGAGGGAUGGCCAAAGGAAAGCUUACUUUUGGUUUUAGAGACUUGUGCUUAAUUGCAACAUCCAGUGGACAUCUUAUUUGAAAGUCACACAUUAUACUUUCAACAUUGGCACUGGUGCAUACUAUACAAGCUACAACAGCACAUGAAGGCGAUUAUUUCUACUUACCUACAGUGUUACAGUCAACAAGGAGUCUCUUGAAGCUGCAAAUAAAAAUCCCUUUCAAGUUUAAGCUCACUGUUUCGCUCUAUGGAUGCAACUUUUGACUGCAGCAACAAACUGUUUACACUGUAAAAGAAACCGUCUAUUGUUUUCCUCAGGAGUUUGUGAAGACAAGAAACAUAAUACAAAAGAUGUAAUAUUGGAGUCAUAUUUGCCAGAUAGACAUGAACGGAACUCCGGAUGAAUGCCAGUGUUAAAAAUUGAUAGCAAAUGAUGUGUAAAUCAACUUGAAGUGAUGAUUUGUCAACAUCAUGUUCACGACUUUUCGCAGCCUGCAAGAACAAUCAGGGCUUUUAUUUGAGCCUCUACCCCUGACCUUCUUUAAUUUAUUGUCUAUUAAAAUUAUUUAUCUUUUAUUGGGUUGCAAUUACAGAAACUGCUCACACUGCAGGUCUACAAAUAGAGAAUAUCGACAAAACCCAUUUGAAACUGCUUCACAUGCAUAACACUGUCCACUUUGUAUAAUAAAAUUGAUAAUACUACAAGA